AUGUCGGAACGGAUCGUGACUUACGUGGCGGACGGCGAGGAAGAUGCCGCGCCGCAGGUGGGGGCGAAACCACGCAAACGAUCGCAGCGGAAGAAGAAGGGCGCUGUUGCGGACGAGGAGAAGGCGACGUCGUUCGUGAACGGGCGCGUCGUGUUCGCAUCGGGGACCACCACCGUCCAAGGAGGCUCACGAGUCGUUGAGAACACCGCCAAGCCGGAGCGGCCUCGCAGCGCAGCCUCGCGCGGCAAGAAGUCGAACGGCAACGAGCAGGACGACAGCCUCGCGGAGGCCGCGGGCUCUCCGUCGGCCGACCGCGAGCAGGAGAUGCUGCAGCUCAUGAUGGCUUCCAUGCGGCACAAGGCCGAGAAAGAGGAGCUCGGGCGGGAGCGCGACCUGCUCCUGCAGCAGAUGGCGCUGCUGCAGAGCCACGCGGAGGAGCUCGCGGCGAUGAACGAGCGUCUGCGUCUGCGUGCAGCGGGCAACAGCCGCGCCAGCGGUGCCAGCUUGGAUCACUCGCGGCUGACUGGGGUGGGCUCGGAGACCGACGAGGCCGAGCGGUGGGCCGACGACAGCGACGACGAUGUCGCGGGCGUGCCGCACCCGGCGGCCGCGGAGGCCCUGCCGCCGGUGUCGCCGCUACAGCUCGGCAGCGCUGCCGCGGGCGGGGGCGACGCGCAGCGGGCGUCGGAGAGCGGGCCGAGCGAUCGGCCGCCGGGGUGGUCGAACGUGCCCUCUCCGCAGCGCGAGGAGCCGCCGGGGUGGAGCGACGGCGGCGCGGCGGCGCAGGACGGGGACGGAUGGGAUGCGGGGUUGAGUGACAUCGAGUUGAGCGGGGGGGGCGGUGGGGGCGAGGCGGGCGGGGGCGUGGUGAUGCUGGACAACGACCUGUUCGACGCGAGCAUGAUCAGCGAGGGGGGCGCGUCGUGA